GGAGUGACGUAGCAAUCUGCUAUUGGAUAUCGUAUCGUCUAUGCAUACGCAGAAUGCCUCCAUCUUCUACUGGCUGAAAACUCGUUGAGCCUCGUGUCGUUUUAAAGAAUUAUAUCCAUCUAUUAGUUAGUUGAGAAUCUCAUCGAGAGAGUUAAACACGACAGAAUGAAACCCUUGAUGUUACACGGGCACGAGCGUGCCAUUACUAAGAUCAAGUAUAAUAGAGAAGGAGAUCUAGUGUUCUCUGCUAGUAAAGAUAAGCAGCCCAAUGUUUGGUAUUCUCUGAAUGGAGAGCGUCUUGGAACCUUUAAUGGUCACAAUGGUUCCGUAUGGUGCAUCGAUGUUAACUGGGAUACUACACGAUUGUUAUCUGGAAGUGGUGACAAUUCUUUGAGAGUCUGGGACUGUCAGACUGGUAAGGAAAUUGGUCAGCUGCAUACAAAUAGUUCAGUACGAACAUGUGGCUUCAGUUAUUCAGCGAAUCUUGCUGUAUUUUCCACUGAUAAAGCUUUGGGUCAUCAGUGUGAGAUGUUUAUCAUGGAUAUACGAAAUGUAGACCCUACAUUAUCACAAGAUGAUGCAAUUUCUAGGAUUUCGGUUAACGGUCCUAGAAUCUCAGCUAUAUUAUGGGGUGCCCUGGAUGAGACAAUUAUUACAGGCCAUGAAGAUGGAGAGAUCACUCUCUGGGAUGUGAGGACAGGGAAAAAAUUGUCUAGUGUCAAAGGUCAUAAAUCUCAAAUAAAUGACAUGCAAUUUAAUAAAGAUGGUACCAUGUUUGUGACUGCAUCCAAGGAUCAUACAGCAAAGCUGUUUGAUAGUGAGUCCUUAAUGUUGCUAAAGACUUAUAAGACGGAAAGACCUGUGAAUUCCGCCACGAUAUCACCGAUUUUCGACCAUGUGGUACUUGGUGGUGGUCAGGACGCCAUGGAUGUAACUACGACGUCCGCGCGACAGGGAAAGUUUGACUCGCGAUUCUUCCACUUGGUAUUUGAAGAAGAGUUCGCGCGUUUGAAGGGGCACUUCGGCCCAAUCAACUCCCUCGCUUUUCAUCCUAACGGACGAAGUUACUCGACGGGCGGAGAAGAUGGAUAUAUGCGGAUUAAUAAUUUUGAUCAAUCUUAUUUUGAUUUUCAUUUUGAAUAUUAAAUUUAUGAAAUAUAUAUUUUGUGCGAGAAUACAAUAACUGUAAUCGCUCAUUUCUCCUAAACCAAAAUUCAAUUAACAAUGGUUUGUGAUUAAAAUGCGUAUUAUUCAUUAAAUUUCGAACGAGGUUUCCGAACUUCUUAAUACAGUAUUUCAGAUGAAAAUUUUAUCCAUCAUUCAUGAUAAAAAUGAUUUAAUAAAAAGAUAUCCUUGUGACAAUAUACAUGAAUUUAAAACUGCGAAAUAUUACACUUGCAUGUCGUGAAAUAUCUACUAGCAUGUUUUUGUCGAAUCUAUUAUAAUUCCCUUUUGGUAACCUGAAUAUAUAUUUUUUACAAGA